AUGGCCGCCGUGCCUCCGCUCGUUCGGAUCGCCGUCUCCCUGAAGAUGUUGCCCAACGACACGUCGGUCCACUUCAAGGCCGACGGCGCGCGCUUCGGACAGACGCGCACCAUCAAGCUGCUCACCGGGUCCAAGUACCGCAUCGAGGUGGUCGUUAAACCGGGAGCGGUGGAGGCCACGUCGAUGAGUGUGGGGGGGGUGACCUUCCCCCUGGAGCAGCAGUCUAAAGACCCCCAGUCGGUGGUCUACGGCGGCCAGUACGACACCGAAGGGGUGACCCACACCAAGAGUGGGGAGAGGCAGCCGGUUCAAAUCAACAUACAGUUCACCGAGGCGGGGCUGUUUGAGACGGUGUGGCAGGUGAAGUACUACAACUACAACAAGAGGGACCACUGCCAGUGGGGCAACAGCUUCAACAGCAUCGAGUACGAGUGCAAACCCAACGACACGCGCACGCUCAUGUGGGUCAACAAGGAGACGUUCCUGUGA